AUGGACCCCUAUGGACAGUUCGAGCUAGCCAUGCUCCACCAAGGCCAAGGGAGCCACACACACUUCGAUGAAGAAGAGGAAGAAGAGGAGCCGCAAGCUCGAUCGAGUGAGCCGAGAACCCAGUCGAGUGGAGCGCUCCUGAUGGCCGUCUACCAUCUCCAGACCACGACCUUGCCUCCCAGUUCUUUGGGGGGCACUGAGGCUAAGUUUGGGGGUGCCAACUCGAGCUCGAUCGAGUUGGGUGUCAAAAACCAGAAAAGUGGUAAAAGUUGGGAAAAUCCAAAGGAAAAAGAGUUUGUUAAGUCCAGGGAGUUGGCAGUGUAA